UCGCUUGAUAACAGCGUGGUCUGAGCCUCUUCGCGUCCUUUAUGUUUACCUUACUGGUUUUACUAUGUAUUUCAACAUGAGGCUAGACAGGACAUGUAUUUUUCUGUUCAUGAACAUCGUCCUGGUCACAUCGGCCAGAGAACCAUCGUGUCAGGCGUGUUCAAGAUAUGACUUUGAAGAGCGCCUUCUUGAGAGGGUCCUUCGCAAUGAACUGGUCAUCGAAACAAUGCUGAAGGAAACACGCGAGACUAAUGUCAAGGUGGAAUCUGCCAUUAAGUUGUUGCACGAGGACAGAGGUAAACUAGCGGAUUCUCUAAAUGGUUUGGAAAAAUCGAAUACAGAAAUGGAUACAGAGAUGAAGGGAAAGUUGCAAGGUGCUCUUAAAAAUAUGUCCGAUUCUCUGGCAUUCGUGGAACAUUUGCAAGAAGAAAUGGGGACCAAAUUAGACAACACAAUCAAAACCGUGAUGACAAAUAUAUCUGAUGCUUUAGCAGAGAUGACACAAAAUGCGUCAAUCACCGGGUUGCAGUUGAAGAAGGAAAACGAAAUCUUGAAAGACCAGUUGACGAUUCCAUUUAUUUAUUUCCAUGCACAUACACCAGCAGCUUACAACCUUGGGUACGGUCAAGACGUUGUCUACACUUAUGUGCGGGUCAAUGAAGGUCAAGGGUAUGACACGAAAACCGGUAUUUUCACCGUGUCAGUCCCUGGACUGUAUCUAUUUACAGUUCACUACAAUGUUUAUUCUUCAACAUAUGCAUAUCUCGCAAUCAACCAUCAAGGAACUCAGAUACAGCCAUCUUUCUAUCAACAAAUGGGCAGCGGUUACGCGACCUUCUCUAUGCAGGUCUUCAUUAGGGCCGCCAUGUCAGACAAGAUCUGGGUGGAAUCCACAUACAGCGAUACCAGGUUACAUGGUAAUGGACCUCACAAUUCGUUUAGCGGUGCACUGAUUCACGUGUGAACUAAUGUCAUCUGCUGUAUACAGAAACAUGUGUUUUGGUUACUUUAUCGUUCUUACAAUAACCGAUAUGUAAACGUGAGAAAACAAUGUUAUUGUUCAUAGCGUCGCUUGAUUACUAUGGAAGGGAAUAUCCGCCAGUCCAUUCGUGUUGCCAAAUGACAAUUACAAAUUGCUAAAUGACAAUUGCAUACUGCUAAAUGACAAUUGCAUUUUGCUUUAUUUUAUUUGUUACAAAAUAACUGCGUCUUCCUUGCGUCUUUAUGCUUGUUUCUAUCAGUUAGUGAAAUAUUGCUUGCAUACUUCUUUUUAAUGUUUACUCGGUGUAUGUUAAU